AUUUCGAAUUUGACAAUGUCAACCUCCACUCGGAGAAACAACCAUAAACGGAAAAACUCAAAAUGGAAUUUAUUUUAAAAUGAUAUGAAAAUAACUCUAAAAUGGAGUGUGCUCAGGAUAACGAGGUACCCCUGGACGAGCGAAAAUUAUGGAUCGGCAACCUGGAUAGUCGCGUUACCGAGUACCAACUUUUAAAACUGCUCCAAAUCCAUGGUACAAUUGAGAAGUUUGACAUCAUCUUCCACCGGACUGGACCUUUGGCAGGUCAACCCAGAGGCUAUGCCUUUGUCACCUUCCAAAAGAAAGAGCAGGCUAGUGCUGCCAAAUCUGCCCUGAAUGGAAAAUUGCUGGGUCAGAAAAAUGUUAGAGUUACAUGGGCAAAUAGUCAAGAAAUGGAUCCAGAAUCUCAAGUAACAAAACCGAAACCGGACCUCAAAAUACCUGCGUUAGCAUUAUCCAAAGACAAAAUAAAAACAGACAGGAACAGUCAAAUUCAAGCAAUUGAAGCAAAAUUGAAGUUGAUGGAGCGUAAAGAGGAUGAGCUAAAAAUUAAUGACUCACUUGCCACCAAACCUCCAGUGAUUCAACAGUUCCAGUUCAAUAAAGACAAACAAUGUGUGCCAUCUGUAAAGCCUCGUAUAUUUGAUAGGCAUAAACAUAAGAAGCCUUAUUAUAGAAGAAAAUAGUAUUAUUUUGUAUUGAUUUUAAGUAUUUAUUUUUGUGUCUUCAUUUGUAUAUUAAGAUGUCCGUAGAGAUUAUUUUAAAAAUUCUGGAGAUGAAUUUUGUGGUACAUUUUCUUAAUUUCUACAUUUGGAAAAUACUAUUUGGAAUGCCUCAUAUAUCAUAGUUCAUUGUUUUGUCCAUAUUGUUGAAUAUAAUAUAUUUAUUGAGGUAAAUGUAGCAUUUUUCUCAGAUUUCUUUUGAAGGUAUUGCAACAUUUAUUUAUAUUAAUCUUUUUCAAAGUGACUUCCAAUAAAACUAUAAAAUAGAAAAAUAUUUAAAUACUUUUGAGAGAAAGAGG